AUGGAGGCAGCCAUUUUCAAACAAAAGCGCCACCUAUCGACCAUUAACCCAAUGGCGGAAAACGAAGUUUACGAGGUUGAAAACAUAUUGGAACAGAGAGAGGUUGAUGGACAACUGCAGUUUUUUGUCAAGUGGAAGAAUUUCAAUGAAGACUGGAAUACCUGGGAACCAGUAGACAAUUUGUUGGAUUGUUUUAACUUAAUCCUUGAGUUUCAGGAAAAGCAACAUGAUAACACCAAAAAAGAUGUUGAAAAGUCUAAACUUGCUAGAAAAGAGGCAUUGAAAAUUGUGAAGAAAGCCAAGAGAUUGAAUUCUGGUAGUGAUAAUAUCAAGAAAGCUUUACUGAAGCAUGCAGCUAUUGUUAACAAUGAGGAUGUUAGCCUUAAUCUAUCAGUGGACACAAGCGUGCUUACUUCUACCCCUUGUAAGAAGUCGCCCAAAUCACCAAAAUCACCAACACAAUCACCAAAAAGUUCCCCUAAAUCCAGAAAAUUGGGAGAAGGGGUAGCAACACCUAUUAACUCUACGAAAAGGACUCCAAAGAAACCUUCCAAACUUGAAGAAUAUUUCGAUCCAUCAAAAAUGUUUAUUAAAAGUUCUAGUAAAAUAUUGUCAAAUGGUGUUCAGAGUUCAAAAGUCAACACUCCAAGUGUUUUAAGAACUUUACUUACUACUAGCCUUCCUGUUUCUGCAAAACAAAGUAAGAUUAACAACCCUUGUAUGCAAGCUAGUGUAAAACUCAAAAAAUGCACAAUGAGUUCAGUUACAUUAAACAGUAGCAAAAACUCAGAUGCUUUGCAAAAAGACGCAGAAAGUGACAAAAUAACUCAAAAUGAAUCGGAUAGCUCUCAGAAUAGUACAAAAAUAAAAAGAAAAUACAAGAAAAGAUCAGAUCAGGAAAUACUAGGUGGAAAUAAAAAGAAAACCUCCAAACUUGGAAACAAAGCUAAGAGUACAAGUUUGAAGAUUAAUCUGAAGAAGUCAUUAGGAGUUAAAACUUUGAAGACAUCUGAUAAAAACUUUAAAAUGAAGAAAACAGGGAAUUUGUUGGUAGUUAAAAUGAAACCAGCUAUUAAAAAGGAAAAGAAAAGCCAAUUAAGUGCUUCAAAUCAGAGCGAAUGUUUGGAAGCUGACACAAAAGAUAUAACGUUACAAGAUAUGAAUAACAGUUCAGUGCAGGAAAAGAGCCAUACAAAGACUUCACAAGGAGAGAAAAAAAUUGUGAAGAAAAAAAUAAUAUCAAUGAAAAUAAAAAAAGAACAGUUAAACAAGGAUGGGAAAAAGAAAGGAGAGAAAAAAAUCAUAACAAAAGAUCAGACAGAUGGGAAAAAAAUCAAGAAACAAAAGACAAAUGAUGUGAAAAAAGUGAAAGUAAAAAAGAAAAACAAUGAAGAUGGGAAGAAAGAGAUAAAAGUAAAGGGAGUAAAGAGAAAGUUAGAAGAUUGUAUUGAAAUUAUAGACACUGAGUCUGAUGAUGAUGUAGAAGUCAAAUUUUCUUUAUCUCCAAAAUCUAAGAAGGCUAAAACUGACAAUUCACCAAAAAGACCUGAAAAUGAGAAAAAGAUAGAUGGUCCUAGCAAGAUAGAAAAAGAACUGGCUAAAAAGACUCUGCAGGUGAAAGUUCGUCCAAUGGAGACGUCAUCAUCUAAUAUAAAGAAGAUGAGAUUGAUUGAUGCAGUAAAACCCCAUCCUGGAGUCUCAAAAUCAGCAAUUGUUCGACCAGUAUCACCAACUCCUGUGUUCACAUCCGUCAAGCCUAUCAUGUCAGCUACACAUGCUAGACCCAUGGUUGCCAUGGAUACACUUUGUGCAGAUGUACCUGCAGGGUAUCACUAUGUCCCUGCUAUGAUCCCAAUCAGUCCCUCAUCAAUGUCAUACAAAAUGUUACUGGAUAGUCUCCCUUUCCAGUUUCACACAAAGAAGUCGAACAAGAAACGAGAAGACGAAAUGGUGCGGGAAGAUGAUGUGGAACGGAGAAUGAGUGUUAGACAAAGUGAAUGUGCCUACCGAUAUAAAGAGAUUGUUGUGAAAAAGUGUAACCGAUACACACAGAUCUGGUUAAAUACACAUUCAAAGUUAAAAAAUUGUCUUAAUCCUCAGGUUAUACAAGAAGUAGUGUCAGCUUUGAACUCUGCCAAGUAUGAUGAUAGUAAUCUAGUCAUGUUUAGUGGUAUAGGGAAUGUGUUCUGCAGUGGUAUUGAUCUCACCUACUUGAUCUCAAAUUCAAUGGACAGGAAAAUGGCAGCAAGAAAAAUGGUAGACGCUCUCAGGGAUUUUAUGAAAGCUCUCAUCACAUUUCCCAAACCUUUGAUAGCGGUAGUGACAGGAUCUGCCAUUGGUCUGGGGAUGACCAUGCUACCGUUAUGUGACAUCGUCUAUGCCAGUGAUAAAGCAUCAUUCCAUUUACCAUAUUCACAGCUGUCACAAACACCAGAAGGAUGUGCAUCAUUUCUGUUACCAACCACAGUUGGAAUGGCCAUGGCUAAUGAAUUACUGAUUGGAGGAAGGAAGAUCACAGCUAUCGAGGCCUGUCAACUUGGUCUAGUAUCACAGGUUUUCUGGCCUACCAGUAUAAUGCAAGAAGUCAUACCUAGAAUAGAAAACAUGGCCCUACAAUCUGGCAAGGCUUUAGAGACAACAAAAUUAUUGAUUAGAAGUCAUCAGAGAACAAAAAUAGAACUAACCAAUGAAUCUGAGUGUAAUCUGUUGUUGGAAAGAUGGCCGUCAAUGGAGUGUCAGAAGGCAAUAGAGAUUUAUCUUAACAACGAUAACAACUUCUGUAUAUGAAGAUUCUUGUAUUUAGUAUUGUAUUUAAUUGUAACAAGAAAUUGUGCAACAAAUUCCUGAAAUGGGGAGGCCAUCAUUAUAUUGAUUAUAUCGAUGGAUCUUGUCCCUUUUCACUUAGGAAUUUAAUCUAGAGCUUUGGAAUACCUGUCUAUGAUAAAAGUCUCUCCUUUAUUUCAGUCGCUACAGAAUGAAGUUAACAUACAAUAUGUAUAUCGUAUAUCGUGAAGUUUUGACUGAUUUACUUCUGGAAGUAAACGUUGACUUUAAAACUGUUAUAUAGUAACUAAGAUAAUUGCAAUUGAGCAGUUAAGUUCUGUAUAUGUACAUAUCAUUUAACCACAUUUUUUUUUAUCACACAGGUUUAAAUGACCUGUUCUGUAAAUACACAUACUUUUAAUUCUUGUUUCAGAAAACAAAUUUCUUUACCAAAUUUUAAUUCAGUCGUUCAAAAACUAUUUCAAUAAUUAUUUUCCUUCUAUAAUGUAAGAAUUGUUCAGAAAUACCUAGUCUCUUGUGUACGACUAAAAUGCUUUGAUGGUGGGGUUAAAGCUGAUUUGUAUAAGUUUUAACUGUUACCAUGUGUUAUAUUUUGGUUUGUGUAUAAAAUAUAAAUGAUGCUUUACUUUGAUAACAUGUAAUUUAUAUAUAUGAAAUUGUGUUCAUUACAUGUACCUACAAAUCCAUGUACUGUGUAACAAUUUGCACAUAUUCAUACAAGUCAUAAGCUCAUUUGUUAACCUACAUUUGCAUUUAACUGAAUUAUUAACUUUUGUAUAGAAUAACAAAAUCUAGUCUUAGUAUUAAAUGAUAAACUGGGUAAGAACUGUUACUGAGAAUGAUUACAAUUUAAGGCCAAGGAAAUGUCUGUUCAAGGCCAUGAUAAAAAAUCCUACAUUCCCAACCAACUUUUUGGUAAAUUUAUUUGGGCAUGCAAAUGAUUAGGUCUGAGAACACAGUUAUUUUGUAGUGAAUUUCUUUUAGACAAUUAAUUCAAAUUAAAAAAUUGCACCUGCUCUAUCUCAAAAAGAAUUUAGCAGUGUAGUGUACUACUUUUGGGACAAAUAAUAUCAAAAUUAUAGAAAAGUCGACCAGCUCCAACUCAAAAUAUGGACAAUUCUAUGUUCAGGGGGUCUAUAUAAUUCAGUUUGACAGCUUCAGACAUACUAAUAUUUUACCUUUUAAACUAGACCAAAUCACUACAUUACAGAAAAAUUUAUCACCCACAUUUUUUUAACGUGUAAUUUCAUCCCUUUUCUUAAUAUUUUAUGCUUAAAAUAUAAAGAAAUAAGAUUGCAAGUUAUACACUCUCCACACUAGGGACUAUAUUUGUAGACAACGAAAAUCAAAGGAAGAUAACUUUGUCCUCAGACCAUGAUAUGUUUGAUGUAUGGCAAUUAGGCAGCAAUGCAACACUACAAUGAACAAAACUACAUCUUAAUGACAUAUGUGUUUCUGGUAUAGAGAAAUAAUUUCAUUGUUAAAAAUCUAUGAUUCAAAUGAUAAAAUUCACAAAACAUGAUACAUUUGUAGAUGGUCAAUAUACCUGUAAACCUGGAUGUCAGUGUAGGAUUGUUUUAGCUUUUUAUUAUGAUCAUAUUGUUAUUUUUGAAAUAUUUUUUGUCUCGCACCUGAUAAUGAAUGGACCUCUAAUUCAGUAUUGUAUAAAUAAGUGUAAAUUUGUUAUAUUCCACCAUAAUAGGUUAUUUUAUUUUAUCCUGGGUUUUUUUCACACUGCCAAAAAAGAUUUUUGUUAUUGUUAACAAUGAAAUGUGUUGUAAUUAAUUGACAUUUUCUGUUAUUCUGCACUAUGAAGAGAAGAAGUAGUGUUUGUAUAUAGAGAAUCAAAUAAGGUAGUGAUUCAAACAGGUUGACUUUAACUCCCAUUGUUAGACUUCUCAUUUGAAACGGACUGGUCCCCUGUAUGUUAUAGUAAAAGUCCUUAUAUUUACACUAGUUACAUGUAGUACACUGUGUCAUUGUAUUCAGUUUUUCUAAUUGGUUUAAGUAAACUAGUCAUUUAGGUUUUUUGUUGAUAUUAAAUCAUAUUUUAUAAACAUUCCUUUGAUGAUUAGUUUUCGAGGAGUGUUUUUCACAGAAAAUUCCAUAUGCCACAGGACUGAUUUUUUGUAGGUUUCUUAAGUCAAACUACCACCAACAAAAGUGUUCCUAAAUCUUUCAGAUCAUGCAAUACUUACAGGCAUAAGAAAUUCAAAUAAACAAGUUUUACUGAGCUAAAAAUAGUUACACUUGAAAUGCAAAUUAGGUUGUUUGUAUUUCAAUGACAGGGGCAAUUACAGAAAUUUCAGUAUAGAGGGGCAUACACAAUUAUUUUAAUGCCCCGUUUAUGGGCAUUAUGUUUUUCGGUCUGUGUGUCCGUCCGUCCGUCCGUCUGUCUCGUUUCAGGUUAAAGUUUUUGGUCAAGGUAGUUUUUGAUGAAGUUGAAGUCCAAUCAACUUGAAACUUAGUACACAUGUUCCCUAUGAUAUGAUCUUUCUCAUGUGUACAAGUUUUUUUAAUUUGGAAUCUUUCUGUGUUACUUUCAGGACUGUCUUUCUUCCCUUUACUGUAUUUGGAAUGUGGAUCACAUCACAUCUGAAAGCUUUCACAUGACUUUAACUUCAUUUUCAGUCAAGUUUAGUUUAUAUAAAGAUUAAUUCUGUUUCACAAUAUAUAUGAUAGGCCUACAAUAUUUACCAUUUAAACAUUGCUUAAAGUGAGUAUACAUUGUUUUGAAAGGUCACAUGACCUUAACCUAAUUUUCAUAAUAAAGAGUAUGAGAAGUUUUGACUGAAUGUGUAAAAAAGGUUACAAAAAAACACUUAGAGAAGAAAGAAACCUAAAAUGAAAUGUGUGUAAGAAAACAAACAAUGGUUUAUUUAAAAUAGUGGAAGUUUUUUUUUUUAAAUACAUAUAUAAAUAUCACAUAGGAUAGAUGUACAUAUCAAGUCGAUUACCAUUUUUAGCUCACCUGACCUGAAAGGUCAAGUGAGCUUUUCUCAUCACUUUGCGUCCGUCGUCCGUCGUCCUGCGUCCGUCGUCCGUCGUCCGUAAACUUUUACAAAAAUCUUCUCCUCUGAAACUACUGGACCAAAUUUAACCAAACUUGGCCACAAUCAUCAUUGGGGUAUCUAGUUUUAAAAAUGUGUGGCGUGACCUGGUCAACCAACCAAGAUGGCCGCCACGGCUAAAAAUAGAACAUAGGGGUAAAAUGCAGUUUUUAGCUUAUAACUCAAAAACCAAAGCAUUAAGAGCAAAUCUGACAUGGGGUAAAAUUGUUCAUCAGGUCAAGAUCUAUCUGCCCUGAAAUUUUCCGAUGAAUUGGACAACCCGUUAUUGGGUUGCUGCCCCUGAAUUGGUAAUUUUAAGGAAAUUUUGCUGUUUUUGGUUAUUAUCUUGAAUAUUAUUAUAGAUAGAGAUAAACUGUAAACAGCAAUAAUGUUCAGCAAAGUAAGAUUAACAAAUAAGUCAACAUGACUGAAAUGGUCAGUUGACCCCUUUAGGAGUUAUUGCCCUUUAUAGUCAAUUUUUAACCAUUUUUCGUAAAUCUUAGUUAUCUUUUACAAAAAUCUUCUCCUCUGAAACAACUGGGCCAAACUAAACCAAACUUGGCUACAAUCAUCAUUGGGGUAUCUAGUUUAAAAAAUGUGUGGCGUGACCCGGCCAACCAACCAAGAUGGCGGCCACAGCUAAAAAUAAAACAUAGGGGUAAAAUGCAGUUUUUGGCUUAUAACUCAAAAACCAAAGCAUUUAGAGCAAAUCUGACAUGAAGUAAAAUUGUUUAUCAGGUCAAGAUCUAUCUGCCCUGAAAUUUUCAGAUGAAUCAAACAACCUGUUGUUGGGUUGCUGCCCCUGAAUUGGUAAUUUUAAGGAAAUUUUGCUGUUUUUGGUUAUUAUCUUGAAUAUUAUUAUAGAUAGAGAUAAACUGUAAACAGCAAUAAUGUUCAGCAAAGUAAGAUUAACAAAUAAGUCAACAUGACUGAAAUGGUCAGUUGACCCCUUUAGGAGUUAUUGCCCUUUAUAGUCAAAUUUUAACAAUUUUUCGUAAAUCUUAGUAAUCUUUUACAAAAAUCUUCUCCUCUGAAACUACGUGGCCAAAUUAAACCAAACUUGGCCACAAUCAUCAUUUGGUUAUCUAGUUUUAAAAAUGUGUGGCGUGACCUGGUCAACCAACCAAGAUGGCCGCCACGGCUAAAAAUAGAACAUAGGGGUAAAAUUCAGUUUUUGGCUUUUAACUCAAAAACCAAAGCAUUUAAAGCAAAUCUGACAUGAAGUAAAAUUGUUUAUCAGGUCAAGAUCUAUCUGCCCUGAAAUUUUCAGAUGAAUCGGACAACCCGUUAUUGGGUUGCUGCCUUUGAAUUGGUAAUUUUAAGGUAAUUUUGCUGUUUUUGGUUAUUAUCUUGAAUAUUAUUAUAGAUAGAGAUAAACUGUAAAAAACAAUAAAUGUCGGCAAAGUAAGAUCUACAAAUAAGUCAACAUGACCGAAAUUGUCAGUUGACCCCUUUAGGAGUUAUUGCCCUUUAUAGUCAAUUUUUAACCAUUUUUUCGUAAAUCUUAGUAAUCUUUUACAAAAAUCUUCUCCUCUGAAACUACUGGGCCAAGUUAAUUAUAGAUAGAGAUAAUUGUAAGCAGGAAAAAUGUUCAGUAAAUUAAGAUGUACAAACACAUCACCAUCACUAAAACACAAUUUUGUCAUGAAUCCAUCUGCGUCCUUUAUUUAAUAUUCACAUAGACCAAGGUGAGCGACACAGGCUCUUUAGAGCCUCUAGUUGUGGGUUGUGACAUUUUGUUGAAAACUUUACAUUGAAGGACACAAAUAGUGUGCUUUUCUACGUGACACUUGUUACUUUAGAUUUAUCUUAUACGUUGAUGACCAUCUAAAUUUGUGGACAAAUUUUUUAUGUAUGUAAUAAUAUCAUUCCGUGGUGGUCAGCAUUUACUGACAAUUUCCACAACCGCAAUAUUCUUUAAAUGUUAGCACUCAAUCAACUGACUCAGCUACAGAAUUGCGACUUAAUUUACCCCAGUUGCAGUUUUGUGUGAUCAACUCCUCCUUCAGUUUUCAACCCAGAUCCCUGAAACUUCACAGAAAGAUUCCAUACAUGUUGAAGUUGAGGACCUACUUUUAUGGAAUUGUUUGAGGAAUUUUUCCAAACUUGGGAACUUUUUCAGCAAAGUUACAAAAGACGGUACCAAUUUUGUGAAUUCAGCUUCUGUACAUUGAUCAACCUAGAUCCCUGAAACUUCACAGAAAGAUUCCAUAUGUGCAUCGGCUAUUAUUUAUUUUUUUUUUUUUUUAUCAUCCCCCAAUUUUUCCUGACUUAGGAUCUCAGUUAUUUCCACAGCAGUAUUUUCAAAAGAUGGUAACAAUUUUCAUUUUUAAAAUCCAAGUCCUUGAAACUUCACAGAAACUUAACAAGCUUUUGAAGUUGUGCAUUUUCCAUUAUGAAGUUGUUUCAAGAUUGCUUCCCAAUUCUAUAUUUUUAAUUUUCAUAUAUUAAAAUGUUCAGUAUUGACCAUUCUUCGUUGUUCUAGAAAUAUUCUGCACAACCUAACCAUUUGAGUCUUUGAUCCAUUUUAAUGUCGACUUUAUGAAUGAAUUCUCUAUUAGUGUAAUAACAGGGUAACAUAACAUUUAGAUUGAGGUCAUGAUGUGUAUAUACAUUUUCAUUCACUUAAUAAUUAACAGUGUCCAGAAAUUUGUGCAUCAGAAUUUGAAAAAUAGUUGUCAUAUUUUUUUUAUCUAUAGUUAAGUGAUAAUUACACCAAAACAGUACAGUUUCAUUUGUAAAGAAUUUCUUUCUUUGUUAUGAUAAAAUUAUAAGAAAUUUAUGUUUAGACUUUGUUUUCAGUGAGAUGGUCCCCUAGUACUAUUUAGUCGUAUAACAUGCUUUAAGUGUGAAUGUUGUUCUCUGUAAAAUGAAAUUUAAUUUUUCAAUGCACUUUUAUCUAGCUUGUUAAAACUGAUCCUUCGAUGCAGACAUUCACUGUAGCCUAUUUCAUAGGAGGCACAUCAACACGUCUAACAUUGUUUUCCUAUUCUCAAUCUACUUAUAAGAUUCCCCCGUAAGUGUUCACUGUAAUUAUUCAUGUCAGUCAUCUUUAUUUAUUGACAUAUUGUGUAGCUUUAGUUAUUUAUGGAUCUGUGUAUUGUAUUUUUUCCUUAUUUAAUCUGUAAUAAAAUGAAAAACAUAA